CGGCUGCCGCGGCUCCCGCUGCCCGACUUGGCCUGCGGCGCGCGGGGUGCGCCAUGAGCGCGGCGGGGCUGCUGGCCCCGGCCCCGGCCCCGGCCGGCGCGCCGCCGGCGCCCGAGUUCUACCCCGAGGAGGACGAGGAGCUGGAGAGCGCCGAGGACGACGAGCGCAGCUGCCGGGGCCGCGAGUCGGACGAAGACACCGAGGAUGCCAGUGAGACUGACCUGGCCAAGCAUGACGAGGAAGACUACGUCGAGAUGAAGGAACAGAUGUACCAGGACAAGCUGGCUUCUCUCAAGAGGCAGCUGCAGCAGCUGCAAGAAGGUACAUUGCAGGAAUAUCAGAAGAGGAUGAAAAAGCUGGACCAGCAGUACAAGGAGCGGAUCCGGAACGCAGAGCUCUUCCUCCAGCUGGAAACCGAACAAGUGGAAAGAAAUUACAUUAAAGAAAAGAAGGCAGCAGUGAAAGAAUUUGAAGACAAGAAGGUUGAACUGAAAGAGAACCUGAUUGCCGAGCUUGAAGAAAAGAAGAAAAUGAUUGAAAAUGAGAAGCUCACGAUGGAGCUGACGGGAGACUCCAUGGAGGUGAAACCCAUCAUGACGAGGAAGCUGCGGCGGCGCCCCAACGACCCUGUCCCCAUCCCCGACAAGCGGAGGAAGCCCGCUCCUGCUCAGUUAAACUAUUUGUUAACAGACGAACAGAUCAUGGAGGAUCUGAGAACUUUAAACAAGCUUAAGUCCCCCAAGAGGCCAGCAUCCCCGUCCUCCCCCGAGCACUUGCCUGCUGCGCCUGCAGAGUCUCCAGCCCAGCGGUUCGAAGCUCGGAUAGAGGACGGCAAGCUCUACUACGACAAGCGAUGGUACCACAAGAGCCAGGCCAUCUACCUGGAGUCCAAGGACAGCCAGAAGCUCAGCUGUGUCAUCAGCUCUGUCGGCGCCAAUGAGAUCUGGGUGCGGAAGACGAGCGACAGCACCAAGAUGCGGAUCUACCUGGGGCAGCUGCAGCGCGGGCUCUUCGUCAUCCGCCGGCGCUCGGCGGCCUGAGCUGGCCCGGCGCCUUCCCCGUCCGCCCUUCCCCAGUGGGUGUGGGUUUCCUUCCGUUUCGUUUUCUUCCUUCCAGAAAACUUUGAACUUGAACACGGCUCCCUGGCCUCGGAACGGGGCGGACCCCGUGGGGGAUUUCGCGUGGCCCCUUGGCGGUCCUGUCUCAGCGUCCUUUCCUGCCUCGACUUCCCCCGGCCGGCCGCCUGCC